CGUUGAUUGACAGCGGGCAGCAGCUGCUGAACUGCCUAGACAUGGCGGAGGAUACGGCUUAACUGAGGAUCGGCGACAGAGUUAGGAGAGUUUUAAUAGCAGUUGAGGCUGCUAAGCACAGACUAUAUGGUACUUUAGAAUAGAUGAAUAUCCGGGGAAAGUCUAUCCGCGAGGAAAAAAACGAAAACGGUCCUAUUGGCGAACAAUAUGUAAGAUGGAAAAAUGUAUCGCUGUUUAGUGCAGUCAACAGCCCUGGGCAACAAACAUGGCUUCUUGUGGGGUUUUUCUAUUCGCUAUCAAAAUCGAUCACCCAUGCGAUCCGAUGCCAUGGACAGGUUGGCGAAGUUCUGCACGCCGCAGUAAAUGAGUGACUUGUAUUCGCGUACUGCUCGAAGGUAAGAAUACAACAUUCACCUGACCAUCUAGUUAGCUUGCAAAGCUACGGAACUACUGCAUAUUAAUAGCAAUGGAGCCAAAGCACAAAGAGUUGCUCGACCAGUGCCACCAGAACUUACUGGAGUCCAUAACAGAUGCGGACCGACUGAUCGACUUGCUCGUAGUUUCGGGCACCUUGAGCCAAAUCGAUAGGUUCGAGUUGGAGCAGAACUGCUCGUCCAGCGUGGAGAAAGUGGACCACCUCCUGAAGAUGCUGAUGAACAAGGAAAGCGACCAUUUCCUAGACCUGUGUGUGGCCCUGGAGAAGGCAUACCCGGACCUCUAUUCGGCUCUUUUCAGUCAUAACGGAGGUGGACCAGUCGACCACUCCACCGGUUCAACGUACAGUGUGCUCUCCACCAUGCCAUCGGACUCUGAGAGCAGUAGUUCCCUCAGCAGCGUCGGUUCGCCCGUGAACGGCGAGGCGUCCUCCCCUCCCCCGCCCGCCAUGAACGACAACAGGCCGGCGGGCGACAACCUGGACGCCGUGCUCUUCCAGCUCCGUCAGGUGACCCGGGAACGGGACGAGCUGCGCAAGCGCCUGGCGCUGGCGUCGCCCGGGACCACCUUCGACGACUGCAGGCCGAACUCCAAGGUGGGCCACGACUACGACCGGCUGAAGACCCAGUGUAUGAGAGCCAUGGCGGACCUGCAGUCCCUCCAGAACCAGCACACCAAGACCCUGAAGCGCUGCGAGGAGGCCGUGAAGGAGGCCGACUUCUACCACAUGCUGCACAGCAGGGUGCUGGGGGAGCAGUCCCAGGUGAAGGAGGAGCUGGAGGAGCAGCGGAGGGACAACGCCCAGCUGGUGCGGGAGCACAACCACCUCAAGCAGAGCUGUGAGGAGCUGCAGAGGCUGCACGCUGAGGACCAGAAGGAGGUGGCGGAUCUCCGGCUGCAGCAGCAACAGGUGAUGCGUGAGAGGGGCUCGUCGGAGGUGCUGAACCAGCUGUACGACUCGGCCAUGGACAAGCUGGAGGGCGUGAGGAAGGAGUACGACGCCCUGAGCAAGCGCUACAGCGAGAAGGUGGCCAACCACAACACGGACCUGAGCCGCCUGGAGCAGGCCGAGGAGGAGAACCGGCGGCUGCUCAAGCAGCGCGACUCGGCCAUGCAGUACCAGCAGCAGUACUCCACCUCCAUGAGGAGGUUCGACUCGGUGCAGCAGGAGCUGAGCAAGUCGUCGGCCCACAACAAGGAGCUGGGCCGGGAGAUGGAGCGGCUGCAGGCGGAGGCCACGCGCUGCAAGAACUUCCAGCUGAAGGCGGCCAAGGACUGCGAGAAGUACAAGGAGGAGCGGGACUCGGUGUUCAACGAGUACCGGCUCAUCAUGAGCGAGCGGGACCAGGUGAUCAAGGAGCUGGACAAGCUGCAGACGGCGCUGGAGGCGGCGGAGGCCCGGCUGAAGAACACGUCCUCCGAGAGGGUGGUGGCCAGCGAGGAGCUGGAGGCGCUCAGACAGGAGCUGAACUCGUCCCUGGUGGACCGGGACCGGGCCCUGUGCGAGCGCAACGAGCUGCUGGAGAAGUACUGCCACGAGGUGCGGGACAAGGCGGAGGCGCAGAAGGAGCUGGGCCAGGCGUGCCGCGACGUGGAGACGGUGCGCGAGGAGCGCGACGUGGCGCGGAAGGAGCGCACCGAGGCCAUCGUCCAGAGGGACCAGCUGCUCCGGGAGUACUACCAGGCCCGACAGAAACAAGACUCUGCCACGCUGGACAUGGAGCGGGCCAACAAGGAGAUGGAGGUGCUGAGGAAGCAGUACGAGGCCAUGUCCCAGGAGCUGAAGGAGGUCACGCAAGAGGCUGAGGUCGCCAAGUGCCGGCGGGACUGGGCCUUCCAGGAGCGGGACAAGAUAGUGGCCGAGAGGGAGAGCAUACGGACGCUUUGCGAUAAUCUCCGGCGGGAGAGGGACCGUGCGGUCAGCGAUCUGGCUGACGCCCUGCGUAACCUUGACGACAUGAGGAAGCAGAAGAACGACGCGUCGCGAGAGCUCAAAGAGCUGAAGGAGAAGUUGGAGAGCCAGCUGGAGAACGAGGCCAGGUUCUGCCAGCUGAUGGCCCACAGCUCUCACGACUCUGCGAUAGACACGGACUCCCUGGAGUGGGAGACGGAGGUGGUGGAGUUUGAGAAGGACAGGGACGAUAUGGACUUGAAGGCUCUGGGGUUUGAUAUUGCGGAGGGGGUAAAUGACCCAUAUUUACCAGGCGACUGUGGGAUAUUUGUAUCGCGGGUGGACAAAGGAAGUAUUGCAGACGGAAGGUUAAGGGUGAACGAUUGGCUGUUGAAGAUUAACGACGUGGACCUGACCAAUAAGGACAGGAAGCAGGCGGUGAAGGCGGUGCUUAACGGCGGGGGCCUGCUCAACAUGGUGGUACGAAGGAGGAAGUCUCUGGGCGGGAGGACAGUCACCCCCGUCCACAUCAACCUCAUGGGGCACAAAGAGAGUGGGAUCGGUCUGGAGAGCGGCGUGUUUGUGACUGCAGUGGUCCAGGGCAGUCCAGCGGCCAGGGAAGGCUCUCUGAGCGUCGGGGACAGAUUGAUCGCUAUCAACGGCAUCGCUCUGGACAACAAGUCGCUGACAGAAUGCGAGUCUCUGCUGAGGAACGGCCACGAUUCUCUCAGCCUCUCUCUGAUGAAGUUCUUCACCCACACGGCGUCGGGCCAGAACAUCUUCGAGAGCCUGCGGGACUCGUCGGAGAAGCCCAACGGGCGCGCCCCCGCCUCCGAGGUCCACGCCCGCAACGGCCGCAACCUCAAGCACAACAGCUCCACGCAGACGGACAUCUUCCUCUCCUCGGAGCACCACCCCUCCUCCGCCUCCACCCCCGGCGCCACCGUCAGCCUGGGCAGCGUCGGGGGCGAGAGGCUGCGGGGGAGGGUCCGCGGGGAGGAGGCGGCGGCGGCGGAGCCGGGGGCCUACGGCGACGGGAGGAAGCCCUUCUCCACGGGCUCGCUCCACGCCAUGAGCCUGCGGCCCUCCUCGGAGCUGGCGGUGGUCGGGCGCUUCGGCGGCCCCAGCGCCUUCCAGGAGUGCUGCCCCUACGCCCGGGGCCCCACCUCGCUGCCCUACGACCCCGUGUCGGCCCCGGACUGCGUCGUCGGCGCCGAGGCGGGCUCGGAGAAGAAGCACAGCGGCGGCACGUGGCCCAAGGUGCUGGGCGGCGGCGGCGGCGUGGGGGACGGCCCCGCGGCCGUGGCGGCGCCCACGCAGCUGUCCAUCUACAAGUCCCCCAAGCAGAGGAAGACCAUCUUCGACCCGGACACCUUCAAGCGGCCCGAGACGCCCUCGUCGGCCGCGGCCAAGCUGGAGUACAUGGUGGCCAGUCAGAUGGCGUGCCACUCCCCGCAGCCCUCCAAGACGGACUCGCUCUCCUCCUCCUCGUCCACGGCGACCCCGACCCCGCCCCCUCCCCCCACCCGCACGGACUCGUUCAAGUUCAAACACAAGCACCAAAGCAGCUCCGCCUCCGACUGCACCGUCACGUCGGACGGCGCCGUCUCCGCGGCGACGGGGGACUCGGGGCAGGGCCCGGCGCGAGAGAGGGGCGGGCGGGAGCGGGACCGCAACGGCAACCACUACUUCCUGGACGCCAAGGUGCUGACGUCGCGGAAGUCGUGCGACGAGGACAUCGGACGCACUCGAGGGGAGGAGCCUGAGGUGAAGAGGCCCCGCCCCAAGUCAGCCCCCGCCCUCCGGCGGAGGAUGACCCCCCAGCCCUUCGCCAUGCCCACCUUCCAGAGCUACUCCCAUGAGGAGGCCCCCCUGGAGCUCCGGGAGAUGGUCCGCUCCUCCCCCAGCCGCUCCCACCGACACAGCAUGGGCUUCCAGCCCACCCUCUACAACGGCUCCCUGCCCCCUAAUUCGGCCCACCGGGGUCUGUCUCCGUGCCCCGCGGUGACGGCGGUGAUGAGGAACCCGGUGUACACGGUGCGCAGUCACCGCGUGCACGCCAGCAACUGCCCCACCGUCACCUCCCCCGUCAGCCACAUGCACACACACACUAGCCCCCAGCACCAUGGCCGGCUCAGCCUGGACCUGGGCCAGCAGAAGCGGGGAGGGGACUAUGUGGAGACGUCCUCCGCCACGCGCGCCGGCCGGGCCUCUCACGGUACAAACUCACUGCCAUCCAGCGCACGCCUCGGCUCCUCCAACAACGUGGGGUACCGCACGGAGAGGAUCAAGAUCCCCUCCACCCCCCGCUACCCUCGCUCUAUGCUGGGCUCAGACAGAGGCUCCCUCUCACACUCGGAGUGCAGCAGCCCCAGUCUCAUCACCCCCCCACAAUCGCCGCUCAACCUGGAGACCUCCUCCUUCGCCAGCAGCCAAUCGCAGGGCUCCAUUUCCACCUUGCCCCGGAUCUCCGUCAGCCCCCUGCCAAUGGGAGAGCGCCGUAAAGACAGGCCCUACCUGGAGGAGCCGCGCAACGUGGUGGUGUACAAGGGGGCGGAGCCUCUGGGCAUCUCCAUCGUCAGCGGGGAGAACGGCGGCAUCUUCGUCUCCAAGGUCACGGGGGGCAGCAUAGCGCACCAGGCAGGGCUGGAGUACGGAGACCAGCUGCUGGAGUUCAACGGCAUCAACCUGCGGAUCGCCACAGAGCAGCAGGCGCGGCUCAUCAUUGGCCAGCAGUGUGAUACCGUCACCAUCAUGGCCCAGUACAACCCCCACAUGUACCAGCUGGGCAUCCACUCCCGCUCCAGCUCCAGGCUGGAGCCAGUCAGCUCCGCCCCGACCACGCCCCUUCCCAGCGGCACCCCCACCCCAGACACUCACCCCGUGGUGGACACCCUCAGUGAGCAGGACGAGGGCACGCUCACGCCCUCCUCCAAGCAGACGUCCCCCACCACCAGCCCCAGCAGCUGCAUCAGGAGGCCCUGUGACGGCGGCGGGAAGGGGGUGGGGGAGCCCCGGCUGGUGACGGUGCGAAGGCCCGGCGUGGAGGUGGGCGUGACGCUGUGCGGGGGGAACCUCCGGGGGGUCUACGUGGAGAGCCUGGAGGAGGACAGCCCGGCCAGGGGGCCCGACGGCCUGCUGCCGGGGGACCUCAUCCUGGAGUACAACUCGGUGAGCAUGAGGAGCAAGACGGCGGAGGAGGUGUACGUGGAGAUGUUGAAGCCCGCCGACGCGGUCACACUCCUGGUCCAGCACCGGCCCGCCGACUUCAGCGCCCUGAAGGACACACCGGGGGACGGCUUCUAUAUCAGAGCACUUUAUGAGCGUGUCGGGGAGGCGGCGGGGGACCUGAGCUUCAAGAAGGACGACAUCCUCCACGUGGACCAGUCCCUGCCCAAGGGCAGCUUCGGCACGUGGAUGGCCUGGCAGCUGGACGAGAACGCACAGCCGAUCCAGCGGGGCCAGAUCCCCAGCAAGUACAUGAUGGACCAGGAGUUCCACCGGCGCCACAGCAUGACGGAGCUGAAGGAGGACGGCGGGAAGACGCUGUCGGCGGCCGCCCGGCGCUCCUUCUUCCGGCGGAAGCAGAAGCACAAGCGCAGCAGCUCCAAGGACAGCAAGGAGACGGUGGCUCUGGACGCCGUCAGCACGGACUCAAUCCCUCUCCUCGACGACUGUCUGAGCCUGGCCUACCAGAGGGUCCAGAAGGUGGAGUGCUCGUCCCUGCGGCCCGUGCUGGUGCUGGGCCCGCUCAGCGACCCCGUCAAGGACAUGCUGGUGAAGGAGUCUCCGGGGAAGUUCUGCAGAUGUGUGCUCGAGGUGAUGAAGGCCUCUCAGCAAGCCAUCGAGCGCGGAGUCAAGGACUGCCUCUUCAUCGACUACAAGCGGCGGAGCGGACAUUUUGACGUGACCACCGUGGCCUCUAUAAAGGAAAUGAGUGAAAAGGACUGCCACUGCUUGCUCGACAUUGCCUCCUACGCUAUCGAGAGGCUUCACAGUGUUCACAUCUACCCCAUUGUGGUGUUCAUCCGCUACAAGAACGCCAAGCAAAUCAAGGAGCAGAAGGAUCCGGUUUAUCUGCGGGACAAAGUUUCUCAAAAACAUUCCAAGGAGCAGUUUGAGAGUGCCCAGAAGAUUGAGCAAGAGUACAGCAAGUUUUUCACAGGGAUUGUCCAGGGUGGCACUCUUCCCUACAUUUGCACUCAGAUCAUGACUAUAGUUGAUCAGGAACAAAGUAAAGUCCUGUGGACACCCGUUGGCGGUCCCUAGAGGCCACCGUCUGCAACUACGGGAAGCUGCACCUUCCUCAUCAACCUUCCCCUCUCCCAAUUCUAAACACUAAUUAUAUCUUUCAAAUACUAUACCAAUAGGUACACUACAUUGAAUUACACAUGUAAAGUUAAAUAUAUAUAUAUAUUUUUAUUUCGUAUUAUCUUUGUAAUCUGUCCCGCCUACAACUAUUAUUAUUAUUAUUAUUAUUAUUAUUAAUAUGAUAUGUUCUGAAGCAGGUUUAGUAGCACUGGAUACUCGACAUCAGAGUUCAUAAGUUCUUCCUUUCAAGAUUUCUGGUUGUCGCCGUUGUCGUCGGCAACGCCACAUCACACACAUCUGUUUACAUUCAGAAGAAGUGUCAGGUUUUUUUUUAGCGUCACAUGUUUGCUUUGAGUGUGCGUCUCUUAAUUUUUGACCCAAUCCCAAGCAACUCAAAUGAAGAAUCCCAGACCCUUACCCUCCGCACCAACUGACAUCAGUUUAUUUUUUUUACAUUGACAUGCCCAUUCUAUGUGCAUAUACGUAUGUGUCUGUGUGUGUGUGUCCGUGUGUGUCAGUAUGUCUGUGUGCGUGCCUGCGUUUCUGUAUGUAUGGCGGCACAAAAUCUGUGGUUUUGUUUCCACUCCGGUCAUUGGUUGGAUUGAGUCAUGGCUGUCGAUGUUGGCAUGUAUUCAACGUUAUAGAAAUGGAAGGCCAGGAUCAGACACCAGAUUCCUGGUGAAGUUUUAUGUAAAGGGUGUGAAGGCACCAAACCUCUUUAUAUUAUAUAAAUAUAUAUAUAUAAGUAUAUAGAGAGAAAGAGCCAGAGAUAUAUCUAUAUGUAUGUAGCUGUGGUCUUACUGAGCCUGAGUGCCAACAGUGAUGGCCAUGAAACUCCCAUUGAAACACAUAUUGCCGUUUGUUUCUAUGCAUUGUGUUCUUACAGUAGCUGGGUGUUUAUAGACGGUUUACAGGCCUUUCUAUGGUGCCUUUUUUUUCAAGGGGAGGUCUGGUCUGAAAACCAGCGUCCCGGUUACAAUACCAGUACCUAGGUUCAUCUUCUUUUAACUUCUCCAAUGCAACCCACGAUGAACCGGUUCAGGUGGCGGUGACCGGAGGACUGUGCUUUGGGACCAGUACAGCAUAGAGCAGCCGAGCACUUGACAAUAGCUGCAAACAGGUUGGUUUUACUUGAGGGCAGGGGCCAAAAUGGCGGCCAACGGGUUUUAAAAAAGAGAAAGAAAAGAUCCUCAAAAUGCACUCCAGGGCAAGACAGACCACUGUGUAACUUAUCAUACUCUGUCGCAUAUAUUUAAUGACACUAUAGAGACUAUAUCAAAUGACAGUAUGCAGAUUCACCUGAGAAAUAUAAUAAAUGACAUGUAUUUUCUAGCUAGGUCAUAGACCUAGCAUACUUUUAGCCGUCAAGUCAUGUCUUAGCAGGUAAUGGCAUGUUUUUUUUUUUACGGUUUGGUUUUGUGGUUGUUCGUCAGUCACAUAUCAAUAUGACUAGAAAAAAAUACACUAUAUUGCAAAUUGCAGGGUAAUAUCGUAACGAUUUUCCUGGGAUCCAUAUAAAUGUUAGUAACGUUUUAUUGUUAUUUAAUUUUCUUUCUUUUUUUUUAUUCUAGAGACAAAAUUGUAGGUGAGGUAUUCUGCCCUUCCUCAAACCAUCUGUAUUUUUUGUGCCAAAAUUCACUAUGGCAACUUUAUCCCUUUGUAUUACUGUUUUGCACUUGUUUACCUGUGAACCUUAAACUUGUAUCUGUUCCUAGGUUUUCAGUAGACUAUAAAUAGGUACUGUUAAUUUCUACUGUAACUAAUUCACUUUCUUUUGUAUUGAUUUUGUUCCGUACAUUUCAUUGAUGGCCUUUUUAGUCUUCAUUUAGAAAAAGAAAAUGCUCUUUAUUUUGUUGAAAAGGGAUCUCCUCUUGCACAGCUUACCAAGGUAAAUUUGUCCUGAAGUUUGACUGUUGGGCUACAUAUGAAAUGGACAUAAACAAAUACAUUUUGCUAUUUUUCUGAUUUAGGUAGUGUUCUAUCAAACGAAAGGGAUACAACAGAAAACUGUUGUAUUUUUAAAGAAGUCCAGAAGCCAGGUACUGAUUACAUUUGCUUUCACUGAGAGAAUGUGAUUUCUAUGUAAUUAUACAUAAAUAUGAGAGAAUAAAGCUCAUUUUCUGUAUCACAACAAA